AUGUGCUGCCCUUGGUCCGAAGCGCUGCUGCGAGGAAAAAGAUUGUCCGACAUCACCAACACGGUGAGUUCAGGGACGGCCGGAAUGAUGGGUGCCGAUGUCGAUCAAGGGAACUCGAAUGUGAUUUCUUGCCCGAUCUCCAAAGAUUGCAUCGUCCAGCUCAUGAAGUUUGCAAAAAAGAUGCAUUCUUUAUCUGUUUCGUCUUUUGAUUCGCAGGAGCUCAACUUAGGGAAAGAUAGAGAGAAAGAAAAAUUGAUCAAAGAUCUCCUUAACAAAAUUGGCUCAGAGGUAGGAACCACCAAGUGUGAGGAGGUUGAAGCAAAUGCAACUCAACUUGCUAAUGACAAGAAAAUCUGCAAUCCCAAUAAGAAGCGCAAGUUAAAACCACAGUCUUUAGGCCCUAUCGCUUUGGUUCAUCAAGUGGCAUCAGAGGGAAAGGUUGAUGGUAGAAGAAGGAGGUCCUUACGAACAAAAUCCAGUGGCUUGAAGUCUGAAUCAUGUGAAUUUGUGAAUGACUUGCUCAAAAGAGAUGAUGGCGGAUCUCCAGUGACCCAUCAAGUGGGCCUAGAGGAAAAGGUCGUGGGAAGAAGAACUUCCUUCCGAACAAGAUCCUGUAGUUUGAAAUCUGAAUCACAUGAAUCUAUGGAGUUGCACAAGAUUGAUGAUGCCAUACUUCCAGUGACUUGUCAGGUGCCAUCAGAGGAAAAGAUUGAUGGAAGAAGCAGAAAAUCCUUGCGGAGGAGAUCCGGUUAUUUAAAGUCUGAAUCAUGUGAGCCUACUGAGAACUCAGUCAAGAUGGAGGAUGCCAAGUUUUUAGUUUAUACGAUCAAGAAUGAACGAGUAAGCUAUUGCUCAUGGAGAUUGUUCUACUUCCUCCAUAUCAAAUAUUUCUGUUGAACGAGUAAAGAAUGAGAAGCAUAAUUCAAUCGAGUCUUCAGAACUCGGGAAUCGGGAGUGCCAAAGAAGAUCCUCUGUUGGAAGGCCAUUGCGGAAGGCGGCUGAGAAGGUCGGUUCUUGCAAAGAAAUGAAUCUGAAUGUAAAAAUGUGAAGAUCAUAGUACGAUUCUGGGCUAUCUGCUUACAUCACUAAAAUUUCAGAUGGUGCUAGCUGAGAGCUGCUGAUAUUCUUGGAUCCACUUAAUAUAUCUGCUAGAUGAGAGCUGGACAUGCCAAUGUUUUCUAUGUUCUUGAUAUUUGUGAUGACAUGGUGAAAUGUAUUACUGUAUUGUAAGAUUAAUUAGUAGGAACUCAUAGCUUAGUUUUGCAGCUUCUUUCCUUCCUUUUAGUUUGCCCUGCACAAAACAGGGAUAUUUUGAGACAAAAUAGUAGUAGCAUUAUAUUUUGUAUGAUUUGCUACGAUUGAAAUUUAUACUUGUCUCAAGGAAAAAAUGAUGCUUUGUUUUUUCU